AGUAAUCAGUAAAAGCAACGUGUGUCGAGAGUAUGUAACACCAUGCGGUCUGUAGGGCUAAUUGUGAGUCGGCAAGAACUCUCGUUUCGUCAUCUUGAUUUACAGUAAAAUGUUAUUGAAUCAUUAACAAAACUGAAUCGACAAAAAAUAACAAAUUUGAAUGUAAACAAAACUAAUUCAAUAACAAAACGCACCCAAAACUUCAUCAACAAAAAUGAAUCAAUACCUGACAUAUAGAAACGUAGUAAAUUGCUACAUCAAAAUGUCAGUGUAAAAAAAGACCAACUAAAUGUCACAUGUAAUCAUAUAAUGGCAAUCAUGCUAAUGUAUAAAGUCAUACAUGCAAAAGUAUUAUGCUAAACAAUUUAAAUAGAUAAUGUCAACCUUGACAUUUUAUAAUGACAUUCCUGACAAUGUAUAAUCAAAGAUAUGUCAAUGUAUAAUAAAAGAUAUGUUAAUGUACAAUGUUAUAUAUCACAGAUAUUAAUGCAUAAUGUCAAAAGGGGUAAAUGUCAAGAAACUCUACUCUUUGUCAACGCCAUAAUAAUUCANCCCCCCAAGAAGUAAAUUCACAGUUAAAAUUGAAUGUCACCUUUUAUUUCAAAUUGAAUUUAAAAUUGAAUUCAAACUUAUCCAUGGCUGAAAGAAAUAGUACCAAUUUUAUGAAGUAAUUCCCUAAGAAGUAAAUUUUUAGAGAUUAAAAAUUGAUUGUAACCACUUAUGUCGAAUUAAAUAGAAAAGAAAAAAAGACUAAAGUAAGAGUAAAAAAUUGAAAAUAAACCAGAAUAAGAUUUCCAUAUUUUUAUUCUCAAAAUAGGAGUUAAAAUACAUUUACAUUACCAAAUAUGAUCAUGUACAUUACCAAAGAGUAUAAUAAUGUGCACAUGUACACUAUCACAUUCAACCACAUUACAUGAAGUCCUAUUUCAAAAAUAAAAAUAUGAAAUUCUUAUUUUUGUACUUUUUUCUAUGUUUUAGUCCUAUUAAGGGUGAUUUUUAUAAAAAAAUUAGGGCGGAAGUGUUUCCAAAAACGGAUGGAGAAUGUUUUAUAUUCGUUUCGUAUAAAUUUCUUCAUCAUUUAAUUUUUUUAGUUAAACAGUGACAUAAUUUAAGCAUAAAUUAUGAAAUGUAUUAUUAUAUAUUAUGUAAAUUUAAUUGGUGUCUUUCAAAAUAGUUUUACCCCAGAGUAUAGUCUAAGUUCCUAGCUUUAGUGCAUGCGAGGAAAGCACUAAGAGCUUUAAAAGGAAUAAUCUACUAAUAUACAAAGGUGAAGGGGAAAAAUGAACAGUGCAUUUUCCCGCCUAAGUAACUGGGUUCGGAUUGGGCGUUCGGGUAUGGGAGUAAUAAUUGGGUAUCCAAAUUUUGUGAGAGAGAUAAAUGACCAAUUCGUGUUUGGGUGUAUCAAUUGGUAUCCAAUUCGAAUUAAUGCUUUGGAAAACUAAAAAGUUUGCUUUGGAACACGAGAAAAUUGAAUUGCAAAUUAAUGUCCGAAUUUAUUAGGCUCUUCGUAUUCAACCACUUUGAAAAACGAAUUUGUGUGUUUUAAAAACACCCAAAUUAAAUGCUUAGGCGCCUCUUGGUAUUCAAGAGUCAAAAAAAGAGUUGGGCGCCGUAUACACUCGAAAAAAGGAAAAAAUUAAUUGGCCUUUUUUCCAAGAAAAAAAUUGAAUUAUUUCUCCCCUCCAUACAAACUUAUAUAUAAAGCCUUCUUUAGCAAUUCAUUUUGCAAACCUACACCUUCUUCUUCAAAAAUUUCAGUUUAAUAUUUUCAAAUAAAAUGGCUCGCAAAUGUGUUUUUCCGGGAAUAUUUACCAAUCUCAGAGACCUCAAAAGUGAUCAAAAAAAUAUUGCUAUUCAUGUACGAGCUAUACGUGUCUACCAUGUUGAACCUUAUGGACGAAAUGUUGAAUCCAUGGAAGUUGUGUUUCAUGAUGAAGAGGUAUUUGAUCUUUUACUAUGGCAAUUAUUCCAGUUUUUUUUUUGCUACGUUUUUUAUUCGUGCAACAAAUGAAUAACGUUAACAAAAAAUCUUAAUCCUUGAUAUAAUUUUUUGGUGAUUAUAGGGAACUCGAAUUCAUUGUCAUAUCAAAAAACCAUACAACAAAAAAUACAAAAAAUAAAUUGUAGAAGACGGUGUCUAUGGAAUAAGAAAUUUCAUGAUCUAUGAUAACUUUCAAGGAUUACUAAAUCAUACGUGAGUAGAAAAAUCAAUUGAAAAUGUAUAAUGUUAAAAAAAUAAACUGAUUAUGACGUGUUACUUUGAAGAUUAGAAUAUAUUUUUCCGAGAAUAAAGAAGCUGGAAUUUUUAAAUGAAAUAUAUAUUUUAAUAAAUUAAAUAUAUAUUUUCAGUGCUAAUAAAGGUACAACCCGAAGCAUAUUUUAGAAAAAAAUACAUGCAUAUUCCAAAUCCCUAAGUUCAUUUAAAGAAAAAUAUUUAAUUUUGUGAUACAUAAGAGCUCUUCAAAAAUCGAAUGAAAUUGUGAAAUCCGACCCAAAUUUCAAAAAAAAUGAUGUUUCUUUUAAAGAAAAGUAAAUAUUUAAUUUUGUUUGAAAUUAGAUCUUCAAACAGAGAAGAAAAUGGUGGAAUCCGACCAAAAUUUCAAGAAAAAGACAUGCAUAUUAUUGAUCAUUCAAAUCCAUUGAAGAGAAAUGAAUAUUUAAUUUUGGAUGAUUUUUAGAUAUUCAAAAAUCGAAGAGGAUGGUUAAAUCAAAACAGAUUUCAGAUAUAUACACAUACAUGCUCCAGAUUCGGUAAAUGAUUUAAAGAAAAAUAAAUACUCCGUAUUUAAUUUUGAUUGAAAUUGAGAUUUCCAAAAAUCGAAGAAGAUGGAAUAAAAUAAUUAAAAACAUACCCAGCGAGAGAAUCCGAAGCGUAGCAUCGUAGCAUCUGGAAAUUCAUAGAAUAGAACAUAUGCGAUAGAAAACAAAUCGGAAAAACCAUGGAAUGUAGAGAGAGAGAGAGAGAUCGAAUGGAAGAUGAGGGGGCGGCGGCCAGGGUUUGGGAAAAUAACAAAGGGUUGGGCCGGGUCCUUUUUUUUAAAUUGGGUUGGGUAUAUUUUUUUGGGAUUGGGCUAAUGUUUGGGUUGAUGUUACCUUAAAAUAUUAUGAUUUUCAACAUAAAAUUCAAUAUUUUUCUUAAAGGUGUUUAAUUUACCAAUUAUACAUAAUUGGAGUAAGAUUGAAAAGUUAUUAAUUUUUUCAAAAAUAAGAUUGUGUAAGAAUUUGGACAUUACGUUUAGCACAAACGUCUUUUUUGUUUUGAAAUUUUACUUAUAUUUUUUAAAGUGAUAUUAAUUUUUAACUUGAUUAAUAGUAACGUGUACGUUAUUUGCGUAAAACAGAGAUUGGAAGUUAUUAUAUAAUCUACUGUGCUUAUUGCAAAAUUAAAGAUGAGUUAGACGCCAUGGAACGAUGUUGGAAUUGCAAAAAUGGAAUCAUUUGGGGUGUCUUAGCAUUGGUCUCAUUGACAAUUCCUGGAUUUAUUUCAUAUGUCGUGAAUGUUUUGGACUGACACCGCAAGAAGCACUGCAACCAAGUCCUUCAAGCCAACCAAGACGCUCGACUAGAAACAAAAGGCCGAACAAAAAAAUUUAUAAUGCUGAUUAUAUUAUCUAUUGAUAUAUAUUAUAUGAAAGAAUUUAAGAUUAUCUUUUUUGUUAUUUUGGCAUGGAGAACAUUAUGAUGAAAUAUAUGAAAAUAUGAAAGUAUAUGAAAAUAUUAAAUUAGGAAUUUCUUA